AUGGUCAAUAAGUAUCGGAUUCCUACGGAUGAAGAUCUCUUUGCUGCAACGGGUGGAAAGCUUUUCGGGCGAAGAGCUUAUGGCUCCUGUCAUGGAAAACUCAAGCGCGAUGAAUUGCAAUUAAAUAAGGCAAAGAAUCAAGCGAAGAUUAGUGAAGAGCCUGCAACAAGCAGUGAAUCGAUGAAUGAAGACAAACAGAGAGAAGUGCUGAAAACUUAA